AAUUAUAUCUAUCUUAUUUAUUUAUUAUUUAUCCCUACUUUUUAUACAGUAAGAAUGCUUGAUCCCCUUUAAGAGCAUACUUAGAGUCCUUACUAAAUUCAAAAUUUGGAGUAUCCAAGACUUUAUAACUCUUAAGUUUAGCUAAGGAAAUUAUAAAGGCAAUCGCAAAAUUAGAACCGUACAUAAACUCAGUAAUUUAGGAUUUCUCCUUAGCCAUAAUAAAAUAACUACAUUGAUUAAUAUAAUAAAACAACAAUUGAUUAAGAUGACUUGACAAUAACUGCCACCACUCUUUAUGAUAAAAAAUAGUUUGAGGCCAAAAAAUCAAACAAUAUAUUCAUUCUUAAAGCAAAAAAAAAUAUGCUUAAGAAGAAGAUUCAAGCAAGCUCUCCAACUUAAGGAAAUCAAAAUAAACUAAUUUAAAAAAAAGAAGAUUUAACAUUCAAUGAUUUAAUGAAAUUGUAUGGAGUAACACUCUCUCACUACUAGAAUCCAAAGUAGGAAGUAGCAAAAGUACUGCAACCAAAAACUUUUUAUAAUUCCCAAAGAGGGAUUUUUAGACUUUUAAGCAGCAAUGCUCGUACAUAAACAGAAGAAAACUGUCAAUAUUCAAUGAACCUAAAAAACAAUUUAGCUAUGAGUAGCCAAAGAUGCAAUUCGGUUCAAAAAAUGAUUGAGUAAGUUGAUGACUUGAGAAAUAAAAAAUAUAACUACCCAAUAACAAAUAGAGAAUAAAUUUUAUAAUAGCUAUCAGACUCUAAUUCAGUUUCUUAUAGAAAAAGAAGUUAGACUGCAAUUAUUUAAUCACAGAUAAAUUAAGAUAACAAAAGUAACUCAGGAUAACAUAAAACUGAUUUAAAUGUUCUCAUGACUUAUUACUAGUUGAAAGAAAAAAGCCUAUACGAAGCACUUGUUAAUAAUAAGGAAAAUAUGAAUUAAACAGAAUAAAUAGAGAGAAUUCAAACAGGAUAACCUAAAAAUGUUGAAGAAAAUAUGAAUUAAACUGAAAAAAUCAGAAUCAUGUAUAGAAACAAAAGUACUAAUAUUAGAGACCUAACUACCACUAAAAGCAUAAAAGAAAAUUAAUUAUAAAAUAACCAAACAAUAUCAUAGUAACUGUAAGUGAAUACCUAAAAUUUAGAAGCAAAUCAAUUAAGUAAUCAAGAUAAUCAAAAUUAAAUGAAUACUAAUUCAAAAAAAAAGCUAUUGCAAAGAAAAUCAAAAUCUGAACUUAAAAAAUUCGAUGAUGUUCAAAUAGAAGAAAAUGAAAAAUACUAAUUAAGUCCAAGAUUUGAAAGAUAUAUUAACUAAGAUAUCUAAUUAACUAAAAAGGCUGCAUAAAAUAACUAAUAAUAAGUUAACAGUCCUAAGCCUGAAAAUAAAGUGCAGUCUAUGAUUUAAGAUUAUAAAGAAAGUAUAGAUAAAGUUCAUUAAUUAUAACAAAUAAAAUCUAACAGCAACAAUAAUUAAUCAUCCAACAAUCAUGCAAAAAAAAUGGCUGAUGCAAUUUCUGCUUAGACUUUAAAUCAAUGGUCAAAUAUAAUGAAAAAGAGAUAGGAAUAAGAUAAUAACUUUAAUCCUCUUCCUGCUUUUUACAUAACAAAAAAAUUAUUUAGUAAGCCAACUCAUAUUAUACCUGUUGAUUAAUAUAAAAAAAACAUUAAGAAUAAUUAAUCGAGUCCCAAAUAAGAUCGUUUAAAUGAGUGUGAAUUUGAUUGA